AAUACCCCCAGGCUCGGCUGCGCCCGGGGCCGUGGACUGGUACCUGAGGUGGCCCAGGCGUCCUCCGCCCGCGGCGCCGCCCAGGCCGCCCGUCACCGCGCCCCCGGCGCCUCCGCCUCCGCCUGCCCCCGCCCUCCGCCUCCCUUCCCCCUCCCUGCCCAGCAGCGGCCGCUCGGGCCCCGGCUCUCGGUUAUAAGAUGGCGGCGCUGAGCGGCGGCGGCGGCGGCGGCGGCGGCGCAGAGCAGGGCCAGGCUCUGUUCAACGGGGACAUGGAGCCCGAGGCUGGCGCUGCGGCCUCCUCAGCUGCGGACCCUGCUAUUCCGGAGGAGGCCUAUGAAGAAUACACCAGCAAGCUAGAUGCUCUACAACAAAGAGAACAACAAUUAUUGGAAUCCCUGGGGAAUGGAACUGAUUUUUCUGUUUCUAGCUCUGCAUCAAUGGACACCGUUACAUCUUCUUCCUCUUCUAGCCUUUCAGUGCUACCUUCAUCUCUUUCAGUUUUUCAAAAUCCCACAGAUGUGUCACGGAGCAACCCCAAAUCACCACAAAAACCUAUUGUUAGAGUCUUCCUGCCCAACAAACAGAGGACAGUGGUACCUGCAAGGUGUGGAGUUACAGUCCGAGACAGUCUAAAGAAAGCACUGAUGAUGAGAGGUCUAAUACCAGAGUGCUGUGCUGUUUACAGAAUUCAGGAUGGAGAGAAGAAACCAAUUGGCUGGGACACUGAUAUUUCCUGGCUUACUGGAGAAGAAUUGCACGUGGAAGUGUUGGAGAAUGUUCCAUUAACAACGCACAACUUUGUACGGAAAACUUUUUUCACUUUAGCAUUUUGUGACUUUUGUCGAAAGCUGCUUUUCCAGGGUUUCCGCUGUCAAACAUGUGGUUAUAAAUUUCACCAGCGUUGCAGUACAGAGGUUCCACUGAUGUGUGUUAAUUAUGACCAACUUGAUUUGCUGUUUGUCUCCAAGUUCUUUGAACAUCACCCAAUAUCACAGGAAGAGGCCUCCCUAGCAGAGACUGCCCUUACAUCUGGAUCAUCCCCUUCUGCACCCCCCUCAGAUUCUGUUGGGCCCCAAAUCCUCACCAGUCCAUCUCCUUCAAAAUCCAUUCCAAUUCCACAGCCCUUCCGACCAGCAGAUGAAGAUCAUCGAAAUCAAUUUGGGCAACGAGACCGGUCUUCAUCAGCUCCCAAUGUGCAUAUAAACACAAUAGAACCUGUUAAUAUUGAUGACUUGAUUAAAGACCAAGGGUUUCGUGGUGAUGGAGGAUCAACCACAGGUUUGUCUGCCACCCCUCCUGCCUCAUUACCUGGCUCACUCACUAAUGUGAAAGCCUUACAGAAAUCUCCAGGACCUCAGCGGGAAAGGAAGUCAUCUUCAUCCUCAGAAGACAGAAAUCGAAUGAAAACACUUGGUAGACGGGAUUCGAGUGAUGACUGGGAGAUUCCUGAUGGGCAGAUUACAGUGGGACAAAGAAUUGGAUCUGGAUCAUUUGGAACAGUCUACAAGGGAAAGUGGCAUGGUGAUGUGGCAGUAAAAAUGUUGAAUGUGACAGCACCUACACCUCAGCAGUUACAAGCCUUCAAAAAUGAAGUAGGAGUACUCAGGAAAACACGACAUGUGAAUAUCCUACUCUUCAUGGGCUAUUCCACAAAGCCACAACUGGCUAUUGUUACCCAGUGGUGUGAGGGCUCCAGCUUAUAUCACCAUCUCCACAUCAUUGAGACCAAAUUUGAGAUGAUCAAACUAAUAGAUAUUGCACGGCAGACUGCACAGGGCAUGGAUUAUUUACACGCCAAGUCAAUCAUCCACAGAGACCUCAAGAGUAAUAAUAUAUUUCUUCAUGAAGACCUCACAGUAAAAAUAGGUGAUUUUGGUCUAGCCACAGUGAAAUCUCGAUGGAGUGGGUCCCAUCAGUUUGAACAGUUGUCUGGAUCCAUUUUGUGGAUGGCACCAGAAGUAAUCAGAAUGCAAGACAAAAACCCAUACAGCUUUCAGUCAGAUGUGUAUGCAUUUGGGAUUGUUCUGUAUGAAUUGAUGACUGGACACUUACCUUAUUCAAAUAUCAACAAUAGGGAUCAGAUAAUUUUUAUGGUGGGACGAGGAUACCUAUCCCCAGAUCUCAGUAAGGUACGGAGUAACUGUCCAAAAGCCAUGAAGAGAUUAAUGGCAGAGUGCCUCAAAAAGAAAAGAGAUGAAAGACCACUCUUUCCCCAAAUUCUCGCCUCUAUUGAGCUGCUGGCCCGCUCAUUGCCAAAAAUUCACCGCAGUGCAUCAGAACCCUCCUUGAAUCGGGCUGGUUUCCAAACAGAGGAUUUUAGUCUAUAUGCUUGUGCUUCUCCAAAAACACCCAUCCAGGCAGGGGGAUAUGAUGCUUUUAAACAUGGCUGUGUUCCCUUUACCAAGAUUGGCUUAAAGUCUGCCUCGGUGAAGAGUGCUGGGCUUGAACCACAGGCAUGUGUCCAUUCCAGGUCCUGCUGCGUGGCGGGCAGGGGAGCCAGUACGGUGAGGGAGGAAGCUUAGCAUUUGAGUUUUCUAAACAAAAUUCAGGUAACGCGCUUUUUCUUCCCUUUCAUUUUAUAAUAUGUUGCUAUCUCAUUUGAAAAGGGGGAGCAGACUUGAUCUCAAAUGUAGCUGUGCCCAGAAGCUAGGCUCAGGGUAUUCAGAAAUUGUUAUAGAGAUCUUAAAAAAUAAUAAAACUUCCUUUUCUUCCUUUUUUCUAUCAGAUAGUUUUUUCUCUAGUUUAGAAAUGAUGUAUGAGUUGUAUUUGUUUUGGGGUUUUUUGAUGCUUAGACUACAGAUAGACUUGAGCUCCUAAGAAAAUAGAAGGAAAAAAAUCCUUAUUUGUGAAAAGCACUUUAUGAGCAAUUUGUGUAGACAGUAUGUGGCUGCUUCACACUGAUCAUCUUUUAAGGUUGUUAGAGUCUUGUCUGUAAAGUGCUGCAGUGCCUUCUGUAGUAUAUUUUAUUUUUGGGUAGGAUGGAGAAGCCUUCUGAAAAAUUUGAAAGCAACUGUAGAAGAUGAUUUUUAAAUAUGUAGUAUUCCUGAUGGAUUUUUUUUUUUAUCAUUAGAGUCUAGGACCUAGAUUUUUACCACUCAAAUAAUAUUGACAAAAAAAGUAGUCUAUAAAAGGGAUUUGUGAAUUUAAAUCUAGUAUGAUUGUGUGUUCUUAUAUGCACCUUAAAAGAACAUUCUGUCUAGCUGUCAAAUUCUGGUUCCUCAACAUCUGUCCCUGAUUGUAUUUGAGAUCUGAUAGGACAUACUUGGGCAUCCUAGAGGAUAAAAUCCCGUAUACAUUGUAUGUGUUAUAUUUAGGUUGGCGUUGGAGAAGAGCAUUAUAUAAAAAAACAACGUAAGAAUUCCACACCAUCAACCUGAAAUUUUGUAAAUACCUCUAGCUUCUGGUAUGGUGUAGUCGCAGCUCUUUCAUCACACCAUGUCACCUUGUAUUCAUCAGGCAGUGUCUUAAGCUGCUGUAUGCCCCACAUCAGAUCUCACCUGUUCCCACUGUACAUCCACCUCACCAGCUGCUUGCAAACCUCAUCUCUAGCUUUAGUUCGAAACACGUUGCAGGGUUCAGGCAACCUCUUCAAAAAACUACCUCCUCAGAAUGAGGUAAUGAAUAGUUAUUUAUUUUAAAAUAGGAAAAGUCAGGAGCUCUAGAACAUGAAGAUGACUUAAGAUUUUAACUUUUUUUGUGUACUAGCAUUUGAGCACUCUCAUUUUGUCCUAAAGGGCAUUAUACAUUUAAACAGUAAUACUGUAUAAAAGUGUAGUUCAGAGUAUCUGAAUGUUGUUGAAAGUGGUGCCACAAUCUGGUUAGGGGUAUGUUUCAGAAUCUUAACCUUAAGUCAGUUGCAUGAAAUUAAAUAGUUACAGUAUCACUUUACUAACAGUGAUGUGAUUUUAAUUUCCAGUAGGCGUGGCAAGACAGUACAUCUUCAUUGUUAACCAUGGCUUUGUCACAUGCACAGAUAUUUACAUAGAGAGACUGCCCAGCUAAGAGGGUAGAAUGAUUACCCUUUUGCAAGAUUCUCUUCUUGGUCCAAGUUGGCAUUGUUAGUGCUAGAAUGUCAGCAUCUUGAGACUAGCAGAUUCCCAUCUUACAGCUAUAAAAAACCACAGCCAGAGAUGGAAAGUUUACUGUAGGAACAGCAAAUAACUUACAGGUUGUAUAUUGAAAUGGUGUAGGUGAGGCUCUAGAAAAAUACCUUCACAAUUUGCCAAAUGAUUUUACUGUGCCUUCAUGAUGCAAUAAAAAAGCUAAAAUUUUAAUAGAAAUCAGUGAUUUGUGAAGAGAACAGCCACUCUGGUUUAACUCAGCUGUGUUAAUAUUUUUUAGAGUGCAAUUUAGACUGCAAAAGAUAAGUGCACUAAAGAAUUUAUAGCCAAAAUCACAUUUAAAAAUGAGAACAGGUAAAUUUUCAGUGAACAAAAUUAUUUUUUUAAAGCACAUAGUCCCUAGUAUAGAUGUAUUUAUCACAUAGAGCAACUAGGUUGAAAAUAUAGUUAAGUGACAUUUCUAGAGAAACUUUUUCUACUGUAGGUUCUUCAAAGCAUGGAACUUUUAUACAACAGAAAUGUUUGACAGAAAUUUCAAGAAACUACUGUAGUUUAGAGUGGAAGUACUGUAUGCUGGGCAGCGGUCAUGUAUUAGUGAGAAGGGGAAAUUACAGUAUAGGACAGAAUCUGAUGUUAUCAGUUUCCAGAAUACUGCUGCCAACCUAGACACUGAUUUUUCAGAGUUUCAAAUGUAAACUUCCUCCCAGCACUUGUUUGCAAAUGAAGCUGGACUGCACAAGUACUCCUGACGGUGCAUUGCGGGGCGGAGGUCUCGAGACAUCCUUUCUGACCUGGCCGGUGGGUGUAGCACUGGACAUAAUCCAUGGUAUGGUUCUUGUAUCUUGUUUCACUUCUCACCGUCCCUAAGACAGUCAAUGUACUGUUGCCAGUUUGUCCUUGAGAUGUUUUAUUGAGAUGUAUUACUGAUGCCCAUGGGUAGCUGAACUCCAGAGGAGGUUAGUAGCAUCUCUGCCUGCAGAGGCAAUAAUGAUUUGUAGAUUGGCCAGAGGAGAGUGAAGUAGCCGGUGUGUUCGUGGUUCAUGUUGCUAACUCUGGUAAAACUGGUUUGUGUUAUAUUAGCACAGUAGACAAAGUAAGCUUUGUUAUUUCCAAAUAACCUAUUUUUACUUCUAUUUAGGCAAAGGCAUUAAAAUUUAAAUUCAACUCUAAUUUUUAGUAAUUGUGGGAAAGAUAAUCAGUGGUUCUUUUCAGGUGUUUUUAAGGUGGAAGAGGACAAACAAGUCCUAAAAUCCUACAUUAUGGUAACAGGUUGUCCCCACCUCAAUGAAGUAAUUCAAAUAGAUCCUUUUAUUUCAUCGUCCACAACUUCAAAUGUUAACUUAGUUUUAUUAAUUACUAAAUCAAUUCCUUUAAAAUGUUACUUUUAUUUAGCUGUUUUGACUAAUUGCAAUAUGAUCAGUUGUGUAUGAGGACACAGCCAUUGUAAACCAGUGUAUCCAUUUUUGUGGUGCAUUUUUUAAAAUAAUUUUGUAGAUUGAACUACUUUGAAAAUAACUAAAAUGUUUAUUCAUGUUAGUAUUGAAAAAAAUUUGUGUGCAAACCAUCUGCUUCUCCUGGCAGGCUGAAUACAUUAUCCAGGACCCAUGAGGGCUGGUUCUCACCUAUAGUACAUAGGUGUGCAGAAGGGCAGCAAAAAAAGGCUCUGUUUACAGGGGUUGGAAUGGGGGUCAUGAUUAAGUUGCUUGGUUCCAGUUUUGUUUUGAAAAUUACCCUGUUGUGUUUGUGUAUUUUUGAACCAACGUGUUUUUAGUAGAGUAUGAAUUGCAUAGGACGAAACUGAAGACUAGUAUAAGCUACAAAGCUCACAGACUAGGCACAGAUGUAGGAGAAUGUAGACCAAAAUGGGGUGAGGUAGGAGUAAGUCUGGGGAUAGGGAAAAGUUAAUGUGAGGGUGGGGAAUAAACUAUUAUUAUCAGAAAUGAAAUGUAAGAGUGCAAUAAGAGUGCUUUUUAUUCUAAGCUGUGAACAGUUUUUUUAAAAAAAAUCAUUCCUUCCUAAUACAUUUCUGUAUGUUCCAUAGCUGAUUAAAACCAGCUAUAUAAACAUAAAAUGCCUUUUUAUUCAUGUUGAUUACCAACAUAAGUGGCUAACCUUUGUCUUAUUUAUCUUCCAUGUUGUAUUAGUUUACAUACGGGGCGUAUGUGUGUAUGCUGUACCCUUUUCCUUCCUCACUUGAAUAUGCUUUCACUGAGUCUUCUGUGUUUUCUUUGGCCAUGCCACAUGGUUGAGCUAGUCUCAGACGGGCCUUCAUGGUAUCACCUGAUUUGAAGGACUGUAUCACAGUGAUAUGUAUUUGUGGUAAUCUCAUUUGUUGGUUGUAUCUGAUCUUUUCCUCACACAGCAAUUGCUGUUUUUCCUAAGAUAUGAUUGUGCAACUGAUCAGGGGAUUGAAUUUUAUCAUUCAUCAGUAACAUGUCUCUUUGAACUCUAUUCAUUAGUUGUGAUUGCUUUUUUAGUAUAGACCAAGAAAAAGGAAAAUCUUGCCUCUUCAUGUAUUCCUUGGUUUGAGGACAAGUCUCCUGUAAGGGAGAGGAAAGGGAAAUGUCUCAUGUUCGAACUGCAGUGAAUUAAUGGCUCCUGUUUGACCACUCCAAACCUGAUGGCAACUCACGUACACAUUCCUCUCUUCUCUGUUACUGCCAAAGGUUUGGAUUUAGUUCACUUCAGUUCCAUUCAAGCAUGGAAAAGGUUCUCACGGAGUCUGGGGUGUGCCCAGUGAAAAGAUGGGGACUUUUUAAUUGUCCACAGACCUCUCUAUACCUGCUUUGCAAAAAUUAUAAAGGAGUAACUAUUUUUAAAGCUUAUUUUUCAAUUCAUAAAAAAAAAAAGACAUUUAUUUUCAGUCAAAUGGAUGAUGUCUCCCUCUUGUUCCUUAAUCCUAAAUGUAUGCUUGAAUCUUUUUUUUUUUUUAAUUCUUCUCCAUACCCACUUCCUGACACUUUGGUUCUCUUUCCUGCUCAGGUCCCUUCAUUUGUACUUUGGAGUUUUUCUGAUGUAAAUUUGUAUAGUGGAAAAUAUUGUUCAGUUUGGAUAGAAAGCAUGGAGAAUUAAAUAAAAAAGAUAGCUGAAAUUCAGAUUGGAGAAAUUUAUUUCUGUGUAAAGUUAUUUAAAAACUCUGUAUUAUAUAAAAGGCAAAAAGUUCUAUGUACUUGAUGUGAAUAUGCGAAUACUGCUAUAAUAAAGAUCGACUGCAUGGA